GGCACUCAGGAUUGAGAGAGGACAAGUAAGUGAGGGAGAGUGUAUAUAAGUUUGUGUGCCUGAGUGCGAGAGGGAGACAGAGGGAGAGAGCUUUAGUCUGGCUUUUCUCUGCUCUGCCUUUCAGCUCCUCUCUCACUGUAGAAAGAGGCGUGUCCAUGGGCCAGUAUAAAGUCCAAGGAGAGCCACUCGUGUUGAGCCAUUCUCAGGAGCGAGUCCUUUGCACUGCACACCAGCAAGAGGAGGAAGCUGCAGCUGUUACCAAAAACACGGCCUUUCGCUGACUGCCUUUGCAUUUGGACACUUGUAGACCAGAUUUUUUUGGGCGAGCAUCGGGACUCGGACUCGAAGACGGAGCGAGCCUCACCUGAACGCGCCGGCGGAUAUCCUUCCCGCUCGUUCCGCCUUAACGAAAAAGAAACCCCCCAAAAAACCCCAAAACUUGUCCUCGUCACCCACGAGCUGAGCGCAUCAAGAGCAGGCUCCAAUUUCUGCGGUGUGAAAUUGAAUCAGAGCAACGGAGAAGCAGUACAGCAGAGGCAUUGUGUGCCUGCGUUUGAAACAGUAACCAGCUGAAAAUAUCAAAGACCUUCCCGGGACAAAGCGUUCCUCUCAAACCUCUUCUCAAAGUGAUUAUAAGCUGCAGCACAUUCAGAAGAGGAGGCGGCCAAAGUGACCGUGCACAAGGGCAAAGGAUUGCGUGCAGGUGCCGGGACUGCCAUGGUGCGUGGAGGUGGCGUGGCAGUAGCUCCGUCCUGCUGGGGCCUGUGGGUGUUUGGCGCCCUGUCGUUGGCGGCACUGUGCUUGUCGGACCAGGCCAUUCGCUGCCCCGUUUGCUCAGAGGAGCGCCUGGCCAGCUGCCGUCUGCCUGAAGGCUGCGAGGAAACGGUGCGGGAGCCCGGCUGCGGCUGCUGCCCCACCUGUGCCCUGCCUAAAGGAGCCCACUGUGGCGUUUACUCACCCCGAUGUGGCACGGGCCUACGCUGCUACCCGCCGAGGGGCGUGGAGAGGCCGCUGCACUCACUGAUGCAUGGCCAGGGGAUCUGCACUGAUGAGAGGGAGGUGGAGGAGAACUCAGCUAUGGACAGGCAGGAAGAGAUGACUCCCGAACACCCGAACAACAGCAAUAUCCGGUGCAGUCCACAGGACAAGCGGUGCAUACAGAAGACCCUGGCCCGGCACCCUCCAAAAUCCACAAACCUGAGAAGCAACAACGCCAGAGAAGACGCCAAAGCGAUCCUGGCCCCGUGUCGUGCCGAGCUCCAGAGAGCGUUGGACAGAUUGGCAUCGAAUACUCGCACGCACGAUGACCUCUUCACGAUCCCCAUACCCAACUGUGACAAAAAUGGAGAUUUCCACCCUAAACAGUGCCACCCUGCACGUGACGGCCAGCGGGGAAAAUGCUGGUGCGUGGAUCAGAAGACGGGCCUGAGGCUGCCGGGGCCGCUGGAACUGCGAGGGGAUCUAGACUGCCACCAGUUAAUUGCUAGCCUGAGGGACUGAAGACGAGGGGGGAAGCAGUGGGGGUGCAGGACCAGCUGAAUUCUACUGGUGCUUAUUAGUAGAACUAUAUGACUAAAGGACUUCAUUCUUAAGCCUCACUCUACCUGAGGCCAACGGUACUUGAGCUUGUGCAACAAAAAGGAAACCAUUGAAUUGAGUUCUUUUGCUAUCUCGUUUCUGUGUGCGCGGGUAUGUGAUACGAGUCUUUUGAGCACUUGUUCUGUUUUCUUUGUAUCACGUGAACUUUAGGCCAAUAGUCCUCAGACACAUGUGCUUUAAAGUACCAGAUGGCAGAAGAAAGGCACACAUACACUUCCAGAUAACAGUCGUGGUUGUGAUCUUUGAGAAAGAGAGAAUGCAGAGCGUGUCAUUUUCUCUGGUUUAGUGUAGCAUUCUGGGGAAAAAGCAGUCACUCCACCCAACAAUCAAACCUGAGAUUAAACAUUUGGUUCAUUCUUUCUGGAGCACGUAUUCACCUGAAUUUCUGGACAAUCCGGAAAGAUUCUCAAAAGACUGUGCACCAGCUUCCUGUUUUUUUUUAAGUAACUUGUGACUCUUAGUCGGCUAUUCUUUCUUUUGUAAACCCCACUCGUCUAAUAAGCAAGUGAAAUCAAACCAUAAAAUGUGUUUGCUUGCGUUCGAUAAACACAAAGUUUACUUCAGCCACGGCAUCAGAGUAGCAAUAACAGAUGGGACGAGAACGAGAGAAAGAAACAGGGAAGAAAAGGAAUGCAUCGACCCCUGUCUCGAAUUACCAAAAUGAUAAGCCAUAGCUUUUCACACCACAAAGACCAAAGUGAAAAGUGAGAUUAGUCUGCAAAUCUGUAUCUCACAGAGCCCAGAAUAGUUUUGCUUCAUCACCCCGUGGUUAACUCUGCACCCCCCUCCCUCUUUGAGCUCUCUCUAGCAUAAAGGACUGGCAGCGUAGCUGGGUUAGAAACUCUGUGCACUGCUGAUAGGAUAAUCUUGUUUCUCCAGCUGGUGCUAAGAUGCCAGUAGGACUCGUGUUUGUAUGAAUAUGCUCCGAUGUAGGGGAUUUAUCUCCAAACAGACUGCAUGGCAGAACUUUCGGCGGUGCUACAUAUUGAUUGUGCCAAAAUACAAAAGAAAGAAAAAAAAAAAAGAGGAAAAUGUUUCUGCACUUUUUGCGUAUUGUUUCAGAUUGGAGUGACGAGGGGAGCAAUUAGCAUCAGCAAAUGUGAGGAUCACCUUUGUUUGAAAAAGGCUUUUCCUGCAGGUUUUCAGUGUUAUUGUCAAAUGAUAAAAAAAAAAAGAAAAUCCCACAUUAGCUUUGCACUAUCACUGCAGCUGCCUGGCUGAAUGUUUCAUUAGUCAGUUCUGUAAAUAUAAAAGCAGAGUGUAAUAAAGUUUAAUGAUUAAACUCCUCGCAGCAAAGUAAACUUAUAGCCAACAUAAAAUUGGGAUUGGAUGAGUGCGGCGAAGCAUUAAAGAUAACGCAGCGAUGAUGUGGAAAUAAAAAUUCCUCAGCGUAUCUGUUAUCACGCAUCUGUUGAGGAUUAGAAUAAUAAUUAAAGGAGUUCAUUAUCAGUGCAAAUGUCACGGUUUUCCAUCAUCAGCUGCAUGGGCGACUUUGGUUGUUACCGACUCAAGAAAAGAUUGUUGUUGCUGUCGUUGUUGUUGGUGUCUUGGCAGUUUCACCAGGAUUCACUAGAAAAGGUUCAAAAACCAAAGAACAGAACAGCAUUAACAUUAACCUAACAAAGCACUGGUGUGUGGGCUGUAAUUUUAAGAUGUGUCGAAAACAAAAAGACACUUAACACAAAAUUUUGGCUUUCUUUUUACUUCCUGUAUGUCCACCAACCGAUUUUACCUAAACAACAUUUAAGUUUUAAAUCACGGAGCGGUACGUUCAGCUCCAAACUGAAUAACAAACGUGCCAUGAAAAUUCAUUCAUUUUUGCUUCUUACCUUUCCCACAGUGCAUUGGGUUUUGACUUUAUAAAAAGCAGGACAGAUAAACAGAGACUGAGAAAAGAAAAAUAAUCUGAGCUUAUCUCUCGUGCUUCCUGGGAAAGGUAGUAAAAUAUAUAACCAGUGACAGCUGCUUUCAGCCCAGGUCCCUGUGGAAAGCUGAUAUUCCCAAUGUUAAUGCGAUCAUUUUCUCUUUAUGCAACUCAGUCAAGAAAUUGGAUUUUAUUGGACUUAUUAUGCUCAUUGUCAACUCCAUAUCUUGAUUCUUAGAUUCUAGUAGAGCAGCUUCAAAACAGCUAAAAUAGCUUAAAAGUAAUGCUCAUAUAUCUUACACUGGGUCCUGGUGCUGCCUCCCUUUCCUCUCCCUUUAAGCCAACUGUGCUGUCUGGCAAACAAACAAUCAAGGAGUCUUCUGCCAUAGACUGUAUAUUAAAGAUGGAUGCAAUUUCUGAGUUUACGCCAAUAUGGAAGAGUGCCUUAAACUUAAAGAACAGGCAGCAGAGGGCAGGCCUCUUAAUUGUAAAAAGAAACCCAACUGUUGAAGUCUAUGGGAAAAUGGCCCUCAGCUCUCUGACUACUUCUGUAUACAUUAUGAUUUAUAUUCCAUAAAUUAAAGUUGCCAUUAGUGUCCAGGAUACCUUAUGACUGAACCUCGUGACUAAAUGAGUAAAUGUGCUAGCGUGCACUGUCCCUCAGGUUUUAAAUCAGAUCUGCCCCCAUGUUCAUGACAUCUGGUUUGAAAACACUAAGACACUAAUGUGAAGACGCUCAUCACGAUGGGUGUCCUCAUCUUUUAUAUACAGUCUAUACGUAUAAAGCCAAGAGAGCAUUUAGAGCACUCUGCACAUUGGACAGUGUACCUCUACACUCCCUGAUCUUAUCUGAAACAUUCACCAAUAUAAAAGACAAAUGAAGGAAAAACAUAUUUUUUCUUUUCUUUCUUUUUUUUCCAAAUGGAAAACUGUCAAAAAAGGUUUAUUAUGAUUAAACCUGUAAUGUUUAAUCAUAAUAAACAAUUCGAGCAACAAUGACCAACAAGCAUCUUUUCUGGUCUCUGUGUUAACCAAGUUUUGCUCUCAUUUAAAGCACGAGUCAAGUUUCCACACACAGGUUACAGGGUAUAAAAGUAACAAUAAAAAUCCAAAUAAAUCAAGCUGCGAUAAUCUAACCACUGAAGCCAACGCUCAGUUUAAACAUUUUUAGAUACAGCGCAUGUCAUUGACGUGCAGUUUUAGUUGGUAGUAAAAACUGAAAUGCAUCCAAAGGUAGUUCAGGUAACCACAGAUAGAUAAGUAGAAGAUGGUAUGGGUGGAGAAUAAUUGCUGCGGCUUGAGAAAAUCAAACCGAAAACUCGUUUUAACGAGCGGGUUAAAAUAAAGACGCCAGUUCUCAUUCAGUGAACUCACAAAGAUCGUUCCAGCAAAUCCUAUCUUACAAUUCAUCGACUAAUGAAGUGUUACUAAACACGUUUGUCUGUUAAAACAGUCUUAAUCCUUGUGAGAGAUGGAAAAUGGUUUUGGCUUUGACUGUGUAAAGGCCUUCUAACUACAUAAACGGUGUAUUUAAGCUAUAGUAAGUUGCUUGUCCUCUGACUUUGCUGUACUGAACUGUAAUUACAUUUCUCGACAAUAGACUGUUUGCAUUUGAUAUUAUCUGUUAAUGUGUAGAACAUAUGAAGUAAUGUUUGCAUGCAUACAAACGGACUGAGGUUGGGAACAGCUGAAGUCUUGUGUAUGUUUCCAGAACAGGAUUGUUAUACUUAAACACUGAAGUGAUCGAACGACUGAAAUAUAGAGUUUCAAAUGAAAUAAUCAGCUACAUUUUAAAUGUUUUCCUGAUGAAAAUGUACACAUUGUAAUACAACGAUUAAAAUACAUAGAAACUA